AUGGCCUCCGAUCUCACCAACCUCACCAUCCCUCCUCGUCCUCCUUCUUUCCUUCCCCCAAUUGAUCCCUCCCCACAAGUCAUCCACAGUAGGUCCCACUCCUUCGUCGGUCCCUCCCCUCGCCUCCCCCCUCCCUCCGACGACGACAACAACCUCUUCUUCCUCGACGAACUCGCUUCCGACUCCGACUCCGACUCCGAUUCCGACGACCUAAUCCAACAACCCUUCCAACACAAAUUCGGACCCUCCGAUUUCCAAAUUCUCAAAGUCAUAGGACAAGGUGCCUUUGGCAAGGUCUUCAUGGUCAGAAGAAAAGGAGAUUCAGAUUCUUCUGACAAUAACGGAAUCUUCGCAAUGAAGGUUAUGAGGAAAGACAACAUCAUUAAGAAAAAUCACGUUGAUUAUAUGAAAGCAGAGAGAGAUAUUCUCACUAAAGUUCUUCAUCCUUUCAUCGUUCCUCUUCGCUACUCUUUCCAAACAAAGUCUAAAUUAUAUUUGAUUUUGGACUUUAUUAAUGGAGGACAUCUCUUCUUUCAAUUAUGUCGACAAGCCAUUUUUAGUGAGGAUGAGGCAAGGAUUUACACUGCUGAGAUUGUAUCGGCUGUUUCACAUCUUCACAGCAAAGGAAUUGUGCAUCGGGAUCUUAAACCUGAAAACAUACUCAUGGAUUCUCAUGGCCAUGUGAUGUUAACUGAUUUUGGAAUGUCGAAAGAGAUUGAUGAAUCUGAGAGAUCUAACUCUAUGUGUGGGACUACAGAGUAUAUGGCUCCGGAAAUUCUUUUAGGUAAAGGCCAUAACAAAGAUGCGGAUUGGUGGAGUGUUGGUGUUCUCUUGUAUGAAAUGAUUACCGGGAAGGCACCAUUUAUACAUAAUAACAGAAAGAAGCUACAGGAGAAAAUUAUCAAAGAGAAAAUCAAACUUCCACCCUACCUUACCGGUGAAGCUCAUUCUUUGCUCAAAGGAUUGCUGCAAAAGGAUCCGUCUACAAGGUUAGGCAGCGGGCCAAAUGGAGAUGAACAGAUCAAAAAUCAUAAGUGGUUCAGGACAAUCAAUUGGAACAAAUUGGAGGCAAGAGAGCUGCAACCAAAGUUUAAACCAUCUGAUGUGUCUGGAAAAGAUUGCACGGCUAAUUUUGAUCGAUGCUGGACGACGAUGCCUCUUGAGGACUCUCCGGCAUCAACUCCUACAGCAGGUGACCAUUUUCAGGGCUAUACUUAUGUUGCACCAAAUCCUUGGCUUUCUUCUAGAUAA